CCGAACCAUGGACAAGAAGGGAGCGGAUCAAUGUUGCUAAGCAACAGCAAACACACGUCGCCAACCUAGAACUAACGCCAGACGACUGAUUUCAGCAAAUCCGGCAGUUAACACGUGAAUAGAUUAGAUUUUAAACAGAGUUGUCUUACUCCGUUAUAAGGGGACAGUCAGGUAGCUAUCUAGCCAGUCUAUUCAAACAACUUUAAAAGCACCCUUAUAGCUAGCAUUGCUGCCGUUAACAGCUACCAAAGGUUAAAAAAUGUCAACAAGCAAGGAACUAACCGCAACCAGUGAGGUGAUGAGUUUCCUUCAAGAGUGGGAUCAUGGCAACAAGACUGUGCGCAGCCGCAUGCUGACCGCUUUUCUGAAUCAAAACCGAGGAAAGACUUGCCCUGAGUUAGAGCUGGAAUUUGCACAGGUUGCCAGUCUCUUUCUGGCUCGGCUGACAGCGUGGAUGAGGUUGACCUACAUGUUCGGAACAUGCUUAGGUCUUCAACUGCAAGCAGUUGGCGUGUUCCUGUCUGCAGCAAGCAAUCAUUGUUAUCUAGUAGAGUUUCUGGAGGUUGGCGGGGUCCUGACGCUCCUGGAGAUCUUGGGUCAAAAACAGACCCAAGAGGAGGAUAAGACAAGGGCUCUUCAGCUGCUCCAGGUCAUCUCAAACGCUGGACGCGAAUACAAAGAGCUCAUCUGUGAAAGCUAUGGUGUAAGAGUCGUCGCAGAGUGCCUGGCCAACUCCAAGACAGAGGAGUCCCAACAGACAGGACAAGCCUUGCUGGAGUCCCUGGCCCAUGGAAACCCCAAAUACCAGAACCAGGUGUACAAAGGCCUGAUUGCCCUACUGCCCUGUACUUCACCAAAAGUCCAACAACUGGUCUUGCAGACGCUGCGAAUUGUACAAGACCUAGUGAAGGCAGCCCAUCCAAGCAUUGUGGAACCUCUGCUGAAUUUGUUGAGGUCCCUGAAUUUGGAGAUUCAGUACGAGGCCAUUCAACUGAUCUCAGAUCUGAGGCGGUACGAGGUCAGACCGGAGCUGCUCAGGGGGCUCGUAGCUCUGCUCAAACCUGCUAAGGAGGGAAUGCAGCAACACAAGAUCCUACAAGACCCAGAAAUGACCAAAAUGACAGAAUCUCUCCCAGUCUUUGUUCAGCAGGCUGCAGCUGCCAAAGCUUUAAGGCUGCUGGCACAGGGGAGUCUGGAGCUGUCUCAGGAACUUCUCUCUCUGGGAGUGGUGCACCAUCUGCUCUACGCUAUGGGCAACCAGGAACAUGCCGACGCCCAGAGGCAAGCCAGCCUGGCGCUGGAGUACUUCGUCCGCUCAUUCCCUGUUGUAGAGGAGGUUGUUCACAGCAUCUUGGGUGCCAGUCUAUUUACAGCCUUCAUGCUCAACGCUGACACCCUCUACAUGAAGCUUGAUGACAUCCAAGCAGAUGUCUUGCUUUCCAACAGCGUCACGGUUUCAGAAGUUCUGGAGGUCCAGAUAGCAGAGAAGUGAACCAGACAAAUUACCUACUGG